AAAAUUGACUUGGUAUGGUGGCUUGCGCCUGUAGUCUCAGCAACUUGGGAGGCUUAAGUAGGAGGAUCACUUGAGCCUGGGAGUUUGAGGCUACUGUGAGCUGUGAUUGUGCCACUGUGCUUCAGCUUGAGUGACAGAGUGAGACCCUCCUGACUCAAAACAAAAAACAUGGUUUCUCCUUCUCUCCUGUCUUCUUACUCUCUAUCCCAUUUGAGUAGUGAUUUUUAAAUGCUUUUAUAAGUUCUUAACAUAAAAGAGACAUUGUAAUGAGGCACACUACUAAAGUGACCAUGCCCAGUUAAAACCAGUGUAAUAUAGGAUAAGAAAAUCUGAUUUUUCAAAAAAGAUACUCUACAUAAAGAAUCCUUCAUAUAAAAAGUUCUUUUUUUGUACUACAUUUAAAGUUUUAAUUCACUCAUGUAUAACUGAGAAUUCCUUACCCUCUGAGCUCUUUUUAGGCGGGAGGCAUGUCUGUCAUCUAGCAUGUGGCCCAGUAAAUAAUUAUUACAUUGGAAUCAGUUUUUCAAUCAUUUUAAAAAAUUCUAUGCCAUAAGAAUGAAAGAUAAAGAAAAAUUAAUGUUAACUGUUUUUAGCUUAUUAUAACUAUGUCAACAAGUGUUUAUUAAUACCUAUUAUGAGAAAGUCACUGUGUUAGGCAUUGAAAAUUACAUCAUCUUUAAAGCAGUGUUUGUCUCCAGGUGGACUCAUCACUAGCAAAGACUAGGUUCAUUGGAAGGCAUAGGGUGAGAGAAUGGGAAGAUGGAGUGGAGGUGGGUUGUUAAAAGUGCUGUGAGUGAGUGAUUUUGUCUGCUUGAAUAAUGGUCCAUGUUUGGGGGCAUAUUGUGUUUCAUAAGAAGUGAAAGGUAUUUGCAAAGUAAGCUACAAAUGACCCAUAAAUCUGUAAACAACAGUCCUUAAUAUGCAAAGAUGAAAAACAAGCAUUACUGCUACCCAAAGAGAACUGGUGCUUGGUGAUGUGCAGAUGGGGCUGUUGGCUAAGAGAGCUAUUACAGGUUUUCUCUCUUAGGUUUCAUAGGAGGUAGUUUCUGCGGUGAGAUUGUUUUAUCUUUUUGAAUACAGAUCUCUUGUUCUGAGUUAGUUCUGAGGAUGGGAGGAAAGGAGUUUUUUUUGUUUUUGUUUUUGUUUUUGUUUUGCUUGUUUGUUUUGUUUUGUUUUGUUUUUGGCUCCUUAGUAAUACUCCUCUGACAUUUAUUUCUAUUCUUCAAAGAAAGGAAACCAACUGAAAUGUUUGCUUUAACAAACAUUUUAAGAAGUUCUUUGGGUUUUUUUCUCCCUUUUAAAAAAAUUAGGAUAUACCAUAGCAACAAAAGAACUAAUGUAAACUAUUGUAUGCUACAACUUGUGAUUUUUUUCUAAAGAAGCACAAUGUCAUUGAAAGUAUUAUUGAAAAGGAUCAUAGUCACAUUGAAUUUGUGAAGGCCAAAGAAAUUGAAGGGAAUGAUAUUUUCAUUUUAUGAUAUUCCCAUAUUUAGUAAAUUUUGUGUACAAGAAUACCAGGCAGAGUGUUUUACCCAUGGAAACAGGUUUCAGAUUGCUUUGUUUUUACUGUUAGAGUCUCAAGUUUAGAAAUGUUAACACUUAAAUCAGUUUUUUCUCACUAUACUUAAAGAUUGUUAAUAUUUUGGUAUCUUCCUAGCUUGAUGAAUUUAAACAUAUCUUCAGAUCUGUGACAGUGACAACAAGUAGGACUGAUAAUAUUAGCUUCAAACCGAUAAUAUCCAGGGUUAAAAUAAAAAUCAUAGUGAAAGCACGAUUGUAAAAUUAUGCCAUACUAACUUUUAAGUCUGUAAUAGCUUGAUAUCAAAAUGUUAUGUUGUAUACCAUAAAUAAUGGCUAGCGAGAACAUCUUUGGAAAUUCUCAAAUUACCUUUCUUACUACACUGUUUUCAGAAUGAAUGUAGAAAUGAUCCUGUUAGCUUUUCAGAUGUUCUGUGGUUGAAUAUGUUUUUGCUUAAAUAAAGCUUUUGGUAUUUGUUUAAAUUACAAAAAAAAAAAAAAAAAAAAAGAUUUUAAAAUUGGAAGGUUAGCUUAGAAGAUAUUCAAGCAAAGACAAGUGUUGACUGAGAGAUGCUCAUAUUGCCUGAAUGACCUCAAAUGCUCAGAACUGGUAGUUGCAUUAGCAUAUAGGCUCCCAGAGACUAUGAAUAGAACAUGUGGCUUUAUUUCAUAAGUUAUUUACUAUUUAAAUAUGAGGCAGAUAGUAAUAAUUAUGUUUAUGCAGAAAUAUAUUUGGAAAUUAAGAGGAAGUGGUAUAUAAAUUCUAGUGUUGUAUGUAGUAUUUACUUUAAAAAUGAAUGUUAUUUAAAUUGAUCUAAGUCUGAGAUGAUAUUAAUAUACUUUGUUUCAUGCUUAUUUUAUAAAUGUCUAGUUUGGAAGCUACUAAGUUCCAACCUGUUACUCUUUUUGCUAUUCCUUAAUCUCCUAUCAAUCAUUUAACUACCCUUCACUGUCUCUUCCCCCACCAUGAGAAUAUAAAUGGUAGAUAAUUUCAGGGUAUUGAUGGGAUAUUUCAUCUCUCUAAUUAUCAUUAAAUAAGAUAAGUAUUAAAAUUUAAAUUUGCAGGUAUGUCUUGAAAAAAUGGAAGAUAUUCAGCUAGCCAUGGUUAUUGCCCGUUUAUAUGAAUCUGAAUUUGAGACUUCAUCCACUUAUAUAUCCAUCCUAAAUCAGAAGAUUUUGGGUUGCCAAAAGGAUGGCUCAGGAUUCAGUUGCAAAAGAUUACAUCCUGAUCCUUUCCUGCGUAGUCUUGCCUAUUGGGUAAUGAAAGAUUACACCCGAGCCUUGGACACAUUACUGGAACAAACACCAAAGGAGGAUGAUGAACAUCAAGUUAUCAUCAAGUCUUGUAACCCAGUGGCAUUUAGUUUUUAUAACUACCUUCGAACUCAUCCUUUGCUCAUUCGAAGAAAUCUUGCCUCCCCUGAAGGAACUUUGGCAACCUUAGGUCUCAAAACUGAGAAGAACUUUGUUGAUAAAAUUAACCUCAUAGAAAGAAAAUUAUUCUUUACCACUGCAAAUGCUCAUUUUAAAGUUGGAUGCCCUGUUUUAGCCUUGGAGGUACUCUCCAAAAUUCCAAAAGUAACCAAAACAUCUGCCUUAUCUGCAAAAAAAGAUCAGCCUGACUUCAUUUCUCACAAGAUGGAUGAUGUACCUUCACAAUCAAAAGCUCUGAGUGAUGGCAGUGGAAGUUCUGGUAUUGAUUGGUCAAAUGUAACUUCAUCACAGUAUGACUGGAGUCAGCCAGUAGUAAAAGUUGAUGAGGAACCUCUUAAUCUUGAUUGGGGUGAAGAUCACGACAGUGCCUUAGAUGAAGAGGAAGAAGAUGCUGUUGGUUUAGUGAUGAAAAGUACAGAUGCCAGGGAAAAAGAUAAACAAUCAGAUCAGAAGGCCUCAGACCCUAACAUGUUAUUAACACCUCAGGAAGAGGAUGGUCCUGAAGGUGAUACUGAAGUUGAUGUGAUUGCUGAGCAACUAAAAUUCAGAGCUUGUUUAAAGAUCCUUAUGACUGAAUUAAGAACAUUGGCUACAGGUUAUGAAGUAGAUGGAGGGAAACUCAGAUUUCAACUCUACAACUGGCUUGAAAAGGAAAUUGCUGCCUUGCAUGAGAUAUGUAAUCAUGAAUCAGUUAUUAAAGAAUAUUCUAGUAAGACAUAUUCCAAAGUAGAGAGUGAUCUACUGGAUCAGGAAGAAAUGGUAGACAAACCAGAUAUUGGUUCCUAUGAGCGCCAUCAAAUAGAAAGAAGAAGAUUGCAGGCCAAACGAGAGCAUGCAGAAAGACGAAAGUCGUGGUUGCAGAAAAACCAAGAUCUCCUGAGAGUGUUUCUCAGCUAUUGUAGCCUUCAUGGGGCCCAAGGUGGUGGUCUGGCUUCAGUAAGGAUGGAACUCAAAUUUUUGCUACAAGAAUCACAACAGGAAACUACAGUAAAGCAGCUCCAGUCUCCACUACCACUGCCUACCACCCUACCUCUGCUUUCAGCAAGUAUUGCAUCAACAAAAACAGUCAUAGCUAAUCCUGUAUUGUACUUAAAUAAUCACAUCCAUGAUAUACUUUAUACUAUUGUUCAGAUGAAAACACCACCUCAUCCCAGUAUUGAAGAUGUGAAGGUGCACACACUUCAUUCACUAGCAGCAUCACUUUCUGCAUCAAUUUACCAAGCAUUAUGUGACAGUCAUAGCUACAGCAGUCAAACAGAAGGAAAUCAGUUUACAGGAAUGGCUUAUCAAGGACUUCUUUUAAGUGAUCGUAGAAGACUAAGGACAGAAAGCAUUGAAGAACACGCAACACCAAAUUCAUCUCCUGCUCAGUGGCCUGGUGUGAGCUCACUUAUUAAUCUCUUGAGUUCAGCCCAAGAUGAAGACCAGCCAAAACUGAACAUUUUGUUAUGUGAAGCUGUUGUUGCUGUUUACUUAAGUUUAUUGAUACAUGCUCUUGCUACAAAUUCCUCCAAUGAAUUAUUUCGGCUUGCAGCCCACCCAUUAAAUAAUCGAAUGUGGGCUGCUGUUUUUGGAGGCGGUGUAAAACUUGUUGUGAAACCUCGAAGACAAUCAGAAAAUAUUUCAGCACCUCCUGUCCUUUCUGAAGACAUAGAUAAACACCGUAGGAGAUUUAACAUGCGAAUGCUUGUCCCUGGAAGGCCUGUAAAAGAUGCUACCCCACCACCGGUGCCUGCAGAAAGACCAUCUUACAAAGAAAAAUUUAUUCCUCCUGAACUUAGUAUGUGGGAUUAUUUUGUUGCAAAGCCAUUUCUUCCUUUGUCCGAUAGUGGUGUUAUAUAUGAUUCUGAUGAAAGCAUUCAUAGUGAUGAGGAAGAUGAUGCCUUUUUUUCAGAUACACAAAUACAGGAGCAUCAAGAUCCAAAUUCCUAUAGCUGGGCUCUUCUACAUUUGACAAUGGUUAAGCUAGCACUUCACAAUGUCAAGAAUUUCUUUCCUAUUGCUGGACUGGAAUUCUCUGAGCUGCCUGUUACAUCACCAUUAGGUAUUGCUGUGAUUAAAAACUUGGAGAACUGGGAACAGAUCUUGCAAGAGAAAAUGGAUCAGUUUGAAGGUCCACCCGCUAACUAUAUCAACACAUACCCAACUGACCUUUCAGUGGGAGCUGGACCAGCUAUUCUUCGAAAUAAAGCAAUGCUAGAACCUGAAAAUACCCCAUUCAAGUCCCGGGAUUCUUCUGCAUUUCCAGUCAAACGACUUUGGCAUUUCCUUGUUAAACAAGAAGUCCUUCAAGAGACAUUUAUUAGAUAUAUUUUCACUAAGAAAAGAAAGCAGAGUGAGUCUAUAGAAGAACAUGUGGAGCAGGUCAACCAAAACUGCGUAGCAGAAGAUUGCCACAUCAAGGUUGAAGCUGAUCUGGGCUAUCCAGGUGGAAAAGCGAAAGUCAUUCAUAAGGAAUCUGAUAUGAUCAUGGCAUUUUCUGUUAAUAAGGCAAAUUACAAUGAAAUUGUUUUGGCUUCAACACAUGAUGUUCAAGAACUUGAUGUUACUUCUCUACUGGCCUGUCAGUCAUAUAUAUGGAUCGGAGAAGAGUAUGACAGAGAAUCCAAAAGUUCAGAUGAUGUUGAUUAUCGUGGUUCCACUACAACUCUUUAUCAACCCAGUGCAACAUCCUAUUCAGCAAGUCAGGUGCAUCCACCUUCAUCUCUGCCAUGGCUGGGCAGUGGACAGACUAGCACUGGAGCUAGUGUGCUUAUGAAAAGGAAUCUACAUAAUGUUAAGAGAAUGACUUCACACCCAGUCCAUCAAUACUAUCUUACAGGUGCUCAGGACGGCAGUGUACGAAUGUUUGAAUGGACGCGACCUCAGCAACUUGUCUGCUUUCGUCAAGCUGGCAAUGCAAGAGUUACUAGAUUAUAUUUUAAUUCACAAGGCAACAAGUGUGGUGUUGCGGAUGGAGAGGGUUUUCUGAGUAUCUGGCAAGUUAACCAAACUGCAUCAAAUCCUAAACCUUAUAUGAGUUGGCAGUGCCACAGUAAAGCCACAAGUGACUUUGCAUUUAUUACCUCUUCAAGUCUAGUUGCCACAUCUGGACACUCCAAUGACAAUAGAAAUGUUUGCCUCUGGGACACAUUAAUAUCACCCGGAAACAGCCUCAUUCAUGGUUUCACAUGCCAUGAUCAUGGUGCCACAGUACUUCAAUAUGCACCCAAACAGCAACUCCUGAUCUCAGGGGGUAGGAAAGGACAUGUCUGCAUUUUUGACAUUAGGCAAAGGCAGCUCAUUCACACAUUCCAGGCCCAUGACUCAGCUAUUAAGGCUCUGGCCCUGGAUCCCUAUGAGGAAUAUUUUACCACAGGUUCAGCAGAAGGUAACAUAAAGGUUUGGAGAUUGACAGGCCAUGGCCUAAUUCAUUCAUUUAAAAGUGAACAUGCUAAGCAGUCCAUAUUUCGAAACAUUGGGGCCGGAGUCAUGCAGAUUGACAUCAUCCAGGGCAAUCGGAUCUUCUCCUGUGGUGCAGAUGGCACGCUGAAAACCAGGGUUUUGCCCAAUGCUUUUAACAUCCCUAACAGAAUUCUUGACAUUCUAUAGAUUUAAAGAUUGGGGUUUUAUUUUUAUAUCCAUUUCAAUUAAAAGGCACAGUACAGUAAUCACUAGUCAAUUCUGCUUUCUAAGCAGUUAACAUUGAAAACAGAGAAUCUCUGUGUAGAAUUCGAAUAUGACCCAAGCUGAGUAUUAUCUAUACAGGUUGGUGGAAUGAAUGUGCAUGUACCUUAUUAUGCUGACAUACUAAAAAAAUAAAACCUAGUAUUGUAUGAAGGAUAGCUAUUCUUUACAGCAUUUAGCAAACCUGAUUCAAAAAACAUUUGAGAUUAGCAAAUUAGUAACUUGAAAUAAUGAAAAGGACGUUUAUACCAAAUUAAGGAAGAAAAUGUUGCUGAUUCGGGUUUUUCUUCCUGUUCUUACCACUGACUGCACUGACUGAAGCAUGCCUGCAGUCUCCUCCUCUUUUGAAUGAAGGAUAAUCAUAAGGUGUUAGGAGCGCUAGACCACCAGGAAAACUUUCUUAGCUGUGGAGCAGUGCGCGGUGACCAGUUCUCUGCUGGAAGAGGUUAUUUCCAUUCUUUCCUGCUGAAUAUUUUUCCUGUUAGUGUUUAUACUGAGCUAGUACUGUAACUUGCAAAUGAGUGCAAAUUUAAAUGCAAUGUUUUCCUCACAAUUUGCACAUUUACAUUUUUUGGACUGCUAGUUUUUCUAUUUAAAUAUUUGCCUUCAUGUUAGGAAUGUACUAUGUGAACAUGACAUAUUUGUAGUUAACCAAACACACCUUCUUAGUCCAGUUUAGUACGUUUUCUUUUCGUGUAUUCAAAGUUAAACACCCACAACAUUUAAGGAUAUGUUGAAACUACACCAAUAGAGCAUUUCAUACCAUAAUUAAAAUGAAUGUUAGGCUUCUUGUGGCCAGUUAAUAGUUGAUGAGAUUGGUGAUAUUAUUUAUUGCCACAGCCUAUUGUAUAAACUAUGCAGAGUUAAAUAUUUGCUUGUAAAAUAUUAGCCAAUGUUGUCAUUACUUUGAUGUAUUUCCUUGGUUAUGACCAAAAGUAUGUUGAUAUACUGAAACUAAUGUCUGUGUGUUUAAAUGUUUACCAGCAAAUUGUCUUAUGUUAAUGAGAAUGUUUAAUGCCUGUGGUAAAUAGUAAAUACAAUGGCAUAAAAGUAACUUUCUCUGAAGAUGAUGUGAUGUUCAGGUUGUGAAAUAUGUAUGUAAAAGAAAAAUAAAUGUUAUUUGUUAGAGUUUUA